GCUGAGAAUUCCUUGGUAGAUGUGGCCCACUCCCUGUGGGUGAUCUCCCAACCUUAUUCCAAUGAACACCCAGAGAUCAUCUCUAUGCUUCAGAAUCCAAAAAGGGAGAUCAAGAAGGUCCUAGAGUUUUUGGGGCGCUCUUUGCCUGAAGAGACCGUGGAUCUCAUUGUUCACAACACCUCCUUCAAGAAAAUGAAGGAGAACCCCAUGACUAACUACACCACUCUCCCCUCUGCAGUCAUGGACCAUGAUGUUUCUCCUUUCAUGAGGAAAGGUACCACUGGGGACUGGAAAAACACCUUUACUGUAGCUCAGAAUGAGCGCUUUGAUGCCCACUACGCUAAGAUGAUGAGAGGCUGCAAUCUCAAAUUCCGUUGCAAUCUGAAAUCUGAGCUAAUAGAAUGACUAGGACUGGGGACGUAUAUGAAUGACGAGCGUUUUAUCAACAUGUGUCAGGAAAGCAAUCCAUCCGCGCACUGAAAGGAACCCAAACACGCAAGAAAAGAAGACAAAAACUGUAUUUUACCUGAAAGAAUAAAUGCCACUGGGAGCUGA